AAGAACCCGUCGUGAAAGAUGCGCAUGGAUUCCUCGAUGUCCAACGCAAUCUGGGCUCGGCCUGUUCGGAGCCCAGCUGGUAGACGCGGAUGAAGACCAGACUGCCUCCUGGUCUCACGGAUCGCGGGGCAUGCCCACUUCCUGCCAGUCCUCUCACCUUCUAACGGCCAGGCAGGCAAGUGCAUCUACCUUGCUGCUCAUCUGCUCACCGAUGAAUACCAGUCGUACAUUGGUGCAGUAUGUCGCACAACGCCUACACGACGCCACCUUCGCUGCAAGUCGAAGGCCUGCCUUUCGAGGCAACAGAAAAUAAAGGGUCGCCGUUACCGGGCAAGCCAGACGGUACACAAGAAUUAAAAGCCACACCCUUACGCACAGAGCCUGAGUAUCUGCGCGGUGGAAGGCUCGUUGUAGUCUUCGGCUCUUUAUUGCUGUCAGUUCUGCUUGUGAACCUCGAUCAGACCAUCGUAGCCACUGCGCUGCCGCGCAUCGUCUCCGUCUUCAACGCACUUGACCUUGCCACGUGGGUCGCCGCAGCUUAUUUUUUGACUGAAGCGGGGCUCAUGCUCUGCGUCGGACAACUGAUCAACACGAUACCCAUCAAGACCGUCUACAUCACUUCCAUCGUGGUCUUCGAGACUGGGUCUGUGUUAUGUGGGGCGGUGAGCCAGGUCACUCGCUUCAUUGUAGCUGGGUGUGGGGCUGCUGGUAUCACCAUCUGCUCCAUUGCGACCAUUGCAUCAUUCACGCGGCUUGAGGACCGUCCAGCGUUGUUUGGUGCGUUUGGCGCAUUGCUUGCCAUAGCGAGUAUCGUUGGCCCCCUGCUAGGCGGAGCAUUUACCGACCAUGUAUCUUGGAGGUGGUGCUUCUACAUCAACCUCCCGGUACGUCACACCGCGUAAUGU